AUGCAGCGCUCUUCGGUGGACGCUGCCGCUCUGCUCCGUACCAGCAGGCUGCUGGCUGAUCUGUCUCUGGACGACCCGGGCGCAGACAGCUGGUGCCGGGGGCGGUCAGGGCAGAGGCCCGCGCCCCCUGAAGAGGCGGCCCCGACCCGCGUCUGGAGGCUGGACGGCGGCGGCUGUCCGGAGCCCGGCGGCUUCGUAGAGCGCAGCCAGCGGCGGACCGCUUUCGAGGGCCCCAGCUCUCGCCUGGCGGCUCCCUCUCCGGAGCCCUUCACCAAGGCCGCGGGCGGCUCCCGCGGGGCCAGCCUAGCGGAUCCAGAGGGCUGCGGGAGCCGGCCCUGCAGCGCCCGCACCAGCGGCAUCAGCCUGGGCUAUGAUCAGCGACACGACAGCCCGCGCUCCAGCUGCUCCGACCCCCGGGGCCCGGGGCCUCCCGAGCCGCCCCCAGACUCCGCGAACUCUGGGCUGGCCCGGCUUGGCGCCGCCCCCACUCGCCCCGCCUGGUGCGGAGGCCCUGGGGCUGGCGGCAGCGCCCGCUCCAGCGUCUCUAGCCUGAGCUCCCGGGGCUCGGGUGCCCACGCUGACCUGCUACUGCUCCCACCCGCGCCUCCGCCCUCGGGCUUGGCGGGCCAUGCCCAGCCCGCGGCAGGAGCCCGGCUUCAGCUGCCCUUCCAGGUGACCGUGGGCCGGGAAGGAGGUCCCAGCCCCGCGGAGCGGAGGCUCGAGGCACUGACCCAGGAGUUGGAAAGAGAGCUGGAUCUGAGAACGAAGAAGGAAUAUUUUGGAAUUUGUAUAAAGUGCAGGACGGGCAUCUAUGGUGCAAGUCAGGCCUGCCAAGCUAUGGGGAGCCUUUACCAUACCAACUGCUUCACCUGCUACUCCUGCGGGAGAAGACUCCGGGGAAAGGCAUUCUACAACGUAGCUGGGAAAGUCUACUGUGAGGAGGACUUUCUGUACUCAGGGUUUCAGCAGACAGCCGACAAGUGCUUCGUGUGUGGACACCUCAUCAUGGAGAUGAUUCUCCAGGCCCUUGGGAAGUCCUACCACCCCGGCUGUUUCCGAUGUGUUGUAUGUAAUGAGUGCUUGGAUGGCGUCCCUUUCACCGUGGAUGUCGAGAACAAUAUUUACUGUGUCAAAGAUUAUCACACCGUUUUUGCACCCAAAUGUGCCUCAUGCACCCGGCCCAUCCUUCCUGCAAAGGGCUGUGAAGAGACUAUCCGGGUGGUGUCAAUGGAUAGAGAUUAUCACGUGGAAUGUUAUCAUUGUGAGGAUUGUGGGCUCCGUCUGAAUGAUCAAGAAGGCCGUCGCUGCUAUCCCUUGGAAGGUCACCUGCUGUGUCGGAGCUGCCACAUGGGUCGCCUCCCCUCCCCAGCCUUGCCCAACUAUACUAUGCACAUGACGGAGCUCUGAUGAAGUCCCUUUUGGAUCGGGGCCCAUGCCCAGACCCAGGGGUGUUUUUCAAUUCCUUAACCAGGUGCUUCUUUAGGUCUCUCCCCUAC